UGCAGUUUUCGGAGGGCUUUGAAUGAGUCCACUCUGCCAUUGGCUCUGCCCAACGCCUCGCGAUUGGCUCGGCAGCCCGCGGGGGACCGAUAAGGGCGGCUAUAAAAGCCCUCAGCGCUGCUCCCGGUCCCCCAUUGAGCGCAGCCGGAGGGGUCACCACGCAUUGCCGGGCAGCGGUCCCCCAACCCCCGGACUCGCUCCUUGCAUUCCCCAUCCAGCUCCACAUCUUUGCUCGAGCCGGAGUGGAAGAACACAUAGACCAAAAAAAAAAAAAAAAAAAGCCAAAAAGCCACACUUAGCGGAAACUUGUCAGAGAAUGCUCCUAAAGUCUGGUUUGCUGCUGCUGCUGGUGAUCAGUGCGUCCGCGUCCUACGAAGCUGAACAGAAUGACUCUGUGAGCCCCAGGAAGCCCAGGGUUGCAGCCCAGAACUCAGCCGAGGUGGUUCGCUGCCUGAACAGUGCCCUCCAGGUGGGCUGUGGGGCCUUUGCCUGCCUGGAGAACUCCACGUGUGACACGGAUGGAAUGUACGACAUCUGCAAGUCCUUCCUCUACAGCGCUGCUAAAUUUGACACUCAGGGAAAAGCUUUUGUGAAAGAAAGCUUGAAAUGCAUCGCCAACGGGGUCACGUCCAAGGUGUUCCUCGCCAUCCGGAGGUGCUCCACGUUCCAAAGAAUGAUCUCCGAAGUGCAGGAGGAGUGCUACAGCAAGCUGGACAUGUGUGGCAUUGCAAAGCGGAAUCCUGAAGCCAUCACAGAGGUCGUGCAGCUCCCAAAUCAGUUCUCAAACCGGUAUUACAACAAGCUGGUGAGAAGCUUGCUGGAGUGCGACGAAGAGACUGUGAGCACCAUCAAGGACAGCUUGAUGGAGAAGAUCGGACCCAACAUGGCGAGCCUCUUCCACCUGCUGCAAACAGACCACUGCGCCCAGGGCCACCCGCGCACGGACUUCGCCAGGAGACGCAUCACCGAGCCGCAGAAGCUCAAACUCUACUUCAGGAACCUCCGAGGUGAGGGGUCCAGCCCAGCCCACACCAAGCGCAGCUCUGCCGAAAGCGCGUAACGCCUCGGCCGCGCGAUGGGUGUAAGGGAUGCUAAGCACUACCAAAGCUGAAGUCUCUCUUCUAGAAGAGUAACGCACCCAAACCAAGUGUACUGUAGCUAGUUUUAAUAACAACUAGGAACUGGUUUUAGAUUUAGUCAUUAAUAUUUUCUAUUCCUCUCCAACCAACUUUUGCAUGGGUCUGUGUUCAGUGUCUCAGCUUUCCCGCCGUCAAAAUGUCUCCAUCCCUCUUUUCUUCCCCACAAAAAGUGAUCCCAAACAAUCCUAAUCUUAAGUAGAACCAUGCAGCAGUCAGGCCUUCAGACACCAAACCCUAAAGUACUGUAGCACUAACACCGUUGAGGUCUGAAGAUUUGGCACCCAGGAGAAUCGCUGAUUCUCGCUCGUAGCAAGCUGGUAGGUGAUGAUAGAUGCACUAACAACUAUUGCACAUCCUAAUGAUGUCAGUGGAAUUCGUGUUAUGAAUCUGUGCUGGCCAUGGACGAAUAUGAAUGUCAUAUUCCUGGUCUCUUAGCGUCAUGCAGUCCUAAUUCUUCCAACACAGCUCCGUUAACUCGUUGGUUUACGAACCCGUUGGUUGGUUUUCCAAACUCACCAGCUGUGGGUGAUUCUCAUUACCAUGACCUGGCACCACAGUGCAAAAUGAGCCCAAAUGACCCCCCCUACUCCCCCGACACACAGCAAAUCAGGAAAGGAACAUUUUGUACUACGGAAAUGAUUAAAAGCGGUGCCAGUCUAUGGUUAAAGCUAGUCAGAAGGUUACAUAAUAUUGCAUUGUAUUUAAAAGCUAACAUCUAUGUACUGUAUUUAACUGUCUAAAGCUUUAAGAGAAGUUAACAAAAACAAACCCUGUCUUAAGACAAGAGUAUUAAAGGUCUUGCUCUAACUGUGGUAUAAAUAGUUUUAAAAUCUGUCAUGUACUGUACAUAAAUUCCAUGAGAGUCUGCUUGACAGGAGCAGAAUAUAAUAACUUUAUUGCAUAAACUUAGUUUUGUAAGUUAGCUAUUCUUUUUUUUUUUCCUGGAAAUAGUAUCUCUGUCAUAUUCAAGAAUUCACCUUCUACUCUGUGGCCUUUUUAUAACAGAAGAGAGAAAACGUUUGGCCAGAAACAAACCUCUCUUCGUAGGUGAAAUGGGGAAGAGAAAAGCAAAACGAGCUCAGAGUGGCCAUAGCUGUACCCAAGGCUGCUGGAGAGCUGCUGGGGGGAACGCCAGGCGGUUCUUUGGGAUCCCAAAGGCAAAACUUCCCAUAGAAAAGGCCAGUUCUGGGGAAAGGCAGGAAAAGAGAAAUCCGGAGAAAAAAUAUCAUAAGCUCCUGCAGCAAAGCAAGGCGCAUGCAUGAAGCUCUCAGACCUGCCUUUCCUCCCACCCAUCUCUCCCGCAGCCUCCGCGAACAGGACCAGGGCCGGUCCCACGGCCGCGGAUGGGGGCCUUCCCCCGACGCCGCUCUCUGCACAGUAGCCCUUUGUGGCACGCGAUCAGCACGGCCAGCUCCAAACUCUGUCCCGCUGGAGCCUGUCUGCGGCGUGGAUGACUCUUGCUCAACUAGUUAGAGAGCUAAGA